CUCAUCAGUAAAUAGUCUGCACAUUCGGUCACCCGCAACGAUGCUGUUCUUCUCCUUCUACAAAACUCUCAUUGAUGAGGUGGUUAUCGUCGAGCUGAAAAAUGAUAUGUCGGUGCGUGGGACGCUAAAGUCCGUCGAUCAAUUCUUGAACAUCAAAUUGGACGACAUCAGCGUUCUCGACGAGAUCAAAUACCCCCACCUCUCAUCAGUCAAAAACAUAUUUAUCCGUGGAUCCGUCGUUCGCUAUGUCCACCUUCCAGCUGCCGUCGUCGACACAACUCUCCUAGAGGAUGCCUCACGAAAGGAAGCUGCCGCGCAGGCUGCAAAGGCAGGCGGUCGGUGAGCUCGCUGAAUGCGCAACCGUGACAGAGAGACUGAAAUUCAAAUUCUUGUUAUUUGUUUCCCAGUGUCCCGUGCGGAAAAGCUUUGUAUACUAUUGUCUAUGAUUUCGGGGGUUUUCAUAUUUUAUGUCAACUUUUUUUUGUGGUUCUUGCUUCGUUUUGUCCUUAAAGAGGAAUAUGCAUCGACCUCUUGGCGCGUGUGACUA